CGCAAUUCUCGGGGACGGAAAUGAAGCUGUUGAAAGCUCUGCAGGGACGAAACGACUCUUGGUUCAUUGUUGGAGUAGGGAGUCAUUACUUCUUUAACUUUGAGCAAGUCCGUAACAAUGUGAGUGGGGAUUAAAUUCUGGAGAGAUGUGGCAUUGAGAGCAAAAGUGUAAAUUAAAGACGUCUUUGGCAUUGAGAGCAAAAGUGUAAAUUAAAGAAUUCUUUGGCAUUGAGAGCAAAAUUGUAAAUUAAAGACGUCUUUGGCAUUGAGAGCAAAGGUGUAAAUUAAAGAAGUCUUUGGCAUUGAGAGCAAAAGUGUAAAUUAAAGAAGUCUUUGGCAUUGAGAGCAAAUGUGUAAAUUAAAGAAUUCUUUGGCAUUGAGAGCAAAAUGUUAAAUUAAAGAUGUCUUUGGCGUUGAGAGCAAAAGUGUAAAUUAAAGAAGUCUUUGGCAUUGAGAGCAAAUGUGUAAAUUAAAGAAUUCUUUGGCAUUGAGAGCAAAAUUUUAAAUUAAAGAAGUCUUUGGCAUUGAGAGCAAAAGUGUAAAGCCAAUACUUUUUUAACAUUGAGAGUAAAAUUGUAAAUUCUAGAAUUCUUUGGGAUUGAGAGUAAAGUUUAAAUUCCAGAAGUCUUUAAAUGAGAACAUAAUUUUAUCAAAGGCGCAAUGGAGCAUGAAUUGGAUUUUGAUCUUUCGACAACAACAACAACAAAAACAAAAAAUGAAAUUUGAUUUUUGAAGGUAAAUUCAUUUUUUUGUUGAAUUGUUAUGUCAUUUGUUUCACCUUCCAAAACAUUUGUGAACUUUUUAGAGUUCCAAAACAUUUUUCAACUUCUCCAUCCAAUGUCCGAACAUUCUACAUUAAAACAAAAUACAGUCAGCUGUUGGCUGAUGUCAGGAACGCCUAGCGUCGCAUGUACGUGUUUUAGAGGAAAGUACAGGUUUCAUUGAUUUUCUUUUCAAAAAGCUUUCAGUAAUUUAGUUCGUUCCCAUAUUGUAAUGUCAUUUUGCUGUAUAUUCAACCAUUUUUUUUUUGUUGAUCUAAGCCUGUGGCACUUUUAAGAUUGCAAAGUUCCAAGCAAGACGCAAAUAUCUGAGAUUACCAAAAUAAAAAAAAAAUGGUGUAAACUUAGUUCCCAGUUAAUGCACUUCCGGUGUAAUUAGUAACCAACAGUGACAGUCUAUUUCUAUUCAACAUCUCUAAUUUAUAUUAAGCCUUCAAAAUUUACAGAAAUCCAAAUGACCCCAAUGUUUGAUUCAGAUAUAAUUUUCAUUUUUAAUUUUUAAAAAAAGGGUUUACUUUUUUUUUUUUUUUUUUUUAUAAAAUCCGUUUUCUUUGAACCGAAAUGCCCUAUUUUCCCCAAUAAAAACAUCAUAAAUUUUUUGGGUCUCUUUUUUNAUUAAAACACAAAUACUCUUAGACAGUGACACAUGUACUUAAAAUGCAUACAUCUGGGAAGGAUCUUAAAGAUAGUUUCAUUUUUUAAACUUAAUUAUCAAAGAUUAUUAUAAUGCGUUGGCAAUUAAUUUAUCUCAAGGGAAACAACUUGAUCAAUCUAGUAUGUUUAUUUAAAACUCUGACAUUAAGAAAAAAAUUAUAAUAAAAUUAAAAAUAUUUAUUAACAUGUGAUUGUUAGGAAUGUCGUAGAAAUUAAAUAAGACAAACCCAGCAUGAAUUUUUUUUAUCUAAAAAAAAAAAAAAAAAAUUGAUUUCAUGUAUUGUGUACUCAACAUUGUUGUUAACAAGCGUAUUGGAUCUUUUCAUUAAAAAUCAUCUAACCCUUUAUGGAUCAAUUUUUUAAAGUAAUAUUUAGAAAAUUAAGGACAUAUUUGCUAUCGCGAAUUUUCGAAAAUAUGACUGCUUUGUUGUUCAUGGGCGUGAAAACGUAUUGAGUAGGCCGUCAUCUCAUAUAGAUAAUACACAUUUCUCUAAUGGCUUUAAAAGUACAGCGAUCAAAUGAGCGCCGCAGGGGCUGUGCCAGAGAAAGAUCCACGGUGGCUCCCAAGUCGGUCGACAUUUUUUCCUCUCCCAGUGGCGUACCUAGGGGUUGAAAAAAAAAGGGGAAAGGGAGACCACCCCAGUCAUCUCUAGGGGGUUAGCUUAUUGGUCUGACAUUACUUAGAUGAAUUGUGUGUUAGACGGGUAGACUUUUUUUUACAGUUUGCCUCGGGCAUCAUUAAGUCAAGGUACAACACCCCCCCACCCCCCCCACGCUUCCACCACCCCCCCCCCCCCCCAGAAAAAAUAUGAAUAUCCUUCACUGUUAGUUCGAGUCAAAAUUUACCUUUUUGUGACGUAUCACAACGGAGAAAAAAAAGAUAAUUAAUUUUUAUAUCACAUUUGUGUGUCUCAUUCACUGACACAAUUAGAAGUUAUUGUACUUUUUUUUUAAAAAUCUACUCAUCCUUUAUUUAUUUCUUUUUUACAGAUCCUCACCCCGUUGUUGAAGGAGACGUCGCCGUGGCCCAGGGUGCUAUGGAUGGCAGCACAGGCCCCGGGGACACUGAAAACUCCACUGGAAAAAAGGCAGCAGACACCGGCCUUGCUUUCGUUCAAUGAGAAGGUCAAGGUCACAUUGGCAGGAAGCGACGUCGCCAUUUUGAACUAUUUCCAACUGACCAACGGAACUGUCAGUUAUGACGGCACUCACUACGGAAAGGGAGUUAAUGACGCCAAACUUCAAGUUCUACUGAAUUAUUUGCAAGGGCAGAUCAUUAAAUGAUAAUUUCGAAUUUUUUUUAAAAAUUAAAAAAAACUGGUUGAAAUGGAAUUUGUUGCCCAAAAUCUUAAAAGAAUCAAAUUGAAAAAAAAAAAAUCAACAACCGCAAAAAAAAUAAAUAAAUAAAAAUAAAUAAACAGACAAACAAGCAAAGAACAAGAUUGAUAGACAGACUAAGGCGGGACCCCCAGAGUGCGAACCGUCUUAGCCUUGGUGAACAGGGUGAUGUGUCUGCGUUCCACGUCUGGUAGAACGCCCUGUGCAGUUUUGUGGGUUUUUUUAUUUUUUAUUUUUAGAAUAUGAAAUUGGAUUAGUUCAUCUAAUCCUAUUCCUGAGAACCUCUUCAGUAUUUCAAUAUACGAAUAGCGUAAGAGUGUUGUUAAAGUAUUUAUUUAGUUAUUUAAAAAAAAUAAUUGAAUCGUAAGUAUUGUGUGUAAAAAGUGUGACACGUUAUUUUGCCG